GUAUAGGGCAAUGUCUCAAGGGCUGAGUGAGAUGUUAUGGGUAAGAGGCCUUCUGCUUGAGCUGAAAGUGCUCAGACAAGAUCCUCUGAAUGUGUGGUGUGACAACAAAUCUGCAAUCAGCAUUGCUAAUCAUCUAGUGCAACAUGACAGAACAAAACAUGUGGAGAUAGACAGAUUCUUUAUCAAAGAGAAACUGGAUGCAGGAAUCAUCAAGAUAACUCAUGUGAGCUCUGGACAACAAGUCGCCGAUUGUUUGACAAAAGGUUUGGGAACCAGGGAGACCAAUCUUGCUUGUGACAAGAUGGGCAUGAUAGAUAUCUAUCAUCCCUCUUGAGGGGGAGUGUUGGGCUGUGUCUUAUCUGUAUUUCAGUGUGUGUGUGUGUGUGUGCGCGCGCUUAUGGCCCAUGUGGCCCAUGUGGCCCAUGUGGCCCAUGUAACCCUGCAGCCUAUAUAUGUGCUGCCCCCUUGUACAGGAAACCCUAACUCCAAUAGAAUACAAUACCAGGCCAUCUUUCUAUCCCAGCCGCCACCCCUCUCUCCCCUGAUUCUACAGGUUCACCUUGGUGCUGAUUGGAGGGGGCGCCAUGACUGGCCAGUGGGUCGGGCUUGGACGAGUCUUCAACCAGAUAUUUUACACCACAGGUAUACAUAGAUAUUUUCUUCUUAUUACAUUUCUCCUAUAUGCACCAAGCAUGCUUCCAUACGAACGGCCAAAGAUUAUUUAAGAUAGCCAGCUUGAACUUAAUAAUAUUAAAACCAGCAACACGAAGCCCGCAUUGCAUUUCCUUGGCGAAUCUUCCAUGAUGAUAUAUAACCCGUAUCUAGAUCCGAGAUCAAACUGAACACUCGUGCAGUGUGCUGUGUCACAAAUAGCCGAGACAUGCCAGGAAUAUAUAAGCUCACUGAUUCACACUUGCUGCGCUAACCAAAAACAUGUCGGCAACUGCUUUGUCUGAAUGGGCUUUGGGUGGCCAUAUUUCUUUCAGAAGAUCACCUUAACACAAAUGUUCAGAUCAUAUGGAGGUUAGUUAGAUGAGAGAUUCCUGCUGUCGACUGCUCUACCCAUCACGCGAUUGCUCAUUAUAAAUACAGAGAGAAGCCAAGGAUUGAGCACCAACAAACUGCAGCCCUUGUCUAUCCAACCUUUCUCUUCCAUUUCCAUACUGAAGAAAGUAGCAUCAGAGCCUCAAAACCACAAGCAUGGCUUACCAUCUAAGAUCUGCAAGCGCGCCUUCCAGCCCUCGCUCAAGCAAACCCCAAGUAGAGCAGCAGCUCCAGAGCCUGAGUGCAACCAUCUCUUCACCCUCGGCGACCAUCGAUACGACAUGUGAAGGUUUGAGGAAGCUGGCAGACAUCUACAGCCACAUCGAGAACAUGAUGUGCACACCAAGCAGCCAAGUCACCCUCUGCCAUACCCUGCAAAGGUUAGCGGUGGAGGCAGAGCUUGGACGGUCCCUCGUCGUGCUCGACCUCUGCAACGCCAUGCAGGAGACCUUGAUGGAGCUGAAGAUGACUGUCCAAGAGCUCUUGCUGCUUCUCAAGAGAGGAGAGGAUGCAACUUGUCAAGUCAAGGCGUACACCCGGCUAGCCAAGAAAGCACAAAACCAGUUCAAGAAGAUCAGCAAGAAGACUACUUCCGACAAGAACGAUUCUAGGGUGGUGAUGCUAAUGGCAGAAGCAAGAGAGAUCACCAUUCCACUGCUCGAAUCCAUAUCCUGCAUCUUGUCGAAGCAAAUUGAGAUGCCCAAGUGGUCUCUUGUCUCCAAAACAUUGCAGAAGAGCAAAGUUGCGUGCGAAGAGGAGCAAUUGUGGGCAUUGGAGUGCAGUAUCGAAGAUCUUGAGAGCGGAGUGGAACUUCUGUACAGGAGAUUGAUCCAGAGCAGAGUUUCUCUUCUCAAUGCUCUUAGUUCGUAGAUACCCUGAGCUCUAGUUCCCUGCGGUUGGCAUCCACCUUUUAAAGGAUUAGUCAAUCAUCCUAACAGUUCUGCAAUGUGUAUGCACAGAAAGUUCAAUAGCAAGCAAAAACAAUUUUGUCAA